AUGUGUCUCGAGUUGCUCUUUGCAAUGAUCAGUGAUGUGAACUACGGGACUGCCUGCACGAAUAUUACAGGAUGUUCUACACUACCAAACUCUGUCUGUGACGAGUUCAACACACAGAAAUGUGUGUGCUCUUCUGUCCAAAAGUACCAGGCAAAAACCGAUAACAGCGGAUGUGAUUACAAUUGUGGUGCUCUCACAAGCCCCACAAAUGGAGCGGUUUCUACUACUGGUACCCUGCAGACCUCAGUUGCUACCUACACAUGCAGUGCAGGGUUCAUGUUGACUGGAGUGAGCAACAGAACGUGUGUCCUUGGAUCAGGAUGGUCAGGCGUAGCACCGACAUGUGUUGCAGGCAAAGUAGGAGAUUCCUGUGCAACAGUUACCAACCUAUGUCAGAACCUGAUCAACGCACCAUGUACAGGAGGCACCUGCACCUGUCUCCUUGGAUACACACAGAACUCUGAAACUGAAUGCGUGGAAAUAAACGAAUGUGGUUCUUCUCCUUGCAAGUUCGGAGCGACAUGCAUCAACGAGAUAGCAAAAUAUACGUGCACGUGUGCUACUGGAUAUAAUGGAACUCAAUGUGAAAUAAAUCCAAACGACUGUGCGUCAGACCCCUGUCGGAAUGGAGGCUCGUGCACUGACGGACUUGCCACCUUCACGUGCAGCUGUGCGGCAGGUUUCACGGGAGCUACAUGCGCUACAAACAUCAACGAGUGUGCAUCCACUCCCUGUCAAAACGGGGGUACAUGUAACGAUGCUGUCAAUGGAUACACAUGUUCGUGUGUUGCUGGGUUUACCGGUAUCCACUGCGAGACAAACAUAAACGAGUGUAUAUCAGCCCCAUGUAAGAACGGUGCCUCCUGCUUCGACGCCGUAAACAAGUACACGUGCACAUGUGCAACUGGCUUCACAGGGACACAUUGUGACACAAACAUUGACGACUGCGCAUCUAACCCAUGUCGAAACGGAGGAAACUGUGCGGACGGAAUUGCCAGAUAUACUUGCACGUGCGCUGCUGGUUACACAGGAACUAACUGUGACACGAAUAUCGACGAAUGUGCCUCCACUCCGUGUAAAAAUGGCGCAGCUUGCACAGACAAAGUGAACGGUUACACGUGUACUUGUGUGGCAGGGUAUACAAGCACCUUGUGUGAGACAGAAAUAAAUGAAUGUUCCUCGAGUCCAUGUAAAAAUGGCGCCACGUGCAACGACCUGGUGAACCUAUAUACAUGCGGUUGUGCACCGGGCUACACGGGACCUACUUGUGCUUCAGACAUAAAUGAAUGUGCGUCCACUCCCUGUCAGCAUUUUGGAACUUGCCAUGAUCGUGUUAACGGCUUCAACUGUACGUGCGUCAGUGGAUAUAACGGGCACGUCUGUCAGAACAAUAUCGAUGAGUGUGCAGCGGCCACAUGCUUAAACGGUGGAUCAUGCAACGACGGCAUCAACAAAUUCACGUGCAGUUGCAAACCUGGGUAUACUGGAACGACAUGCGAAACAAAUAUCAACGAGUGUGCCACCGCUAUCUGUCAGAACGGAGGUUCAUGUGUGGACCAGGUGAAUUCGUAUAUAUGCAAUUGUGUGUCAGGGUACACUGGAACCCACUGCGAAACGAAUAUCAAUGAAUGCACCGGUCAUAAGUGCGAGAAUGGAGCUACUUGCUUAGACGGUAUUGCUAAAUACACUUGCGAAUGUGCACCUGGAUACAACGGAACCUUGUGUCAAAAUAACAUCAAUGAGUGCGCGGGCCACACCUGUCAGAAUGGAGCCACUUGCGUGGAUAUCGUCAACGGGUUUACCUGCACUUGCGUUAACGGUUUCACUGGGGUAUUCUGCCAAUCAAACAUCAACGACUGUUCUCCGAAUCCAUGUCAGAACGGUGGCGCAUGCGCAGACCUUGUAUACGCAUACAAGUGUACUUGCCUUAAUGGCUACACUGGUAGCACAUGUGCGACAGAUAUCAAUGACUGCAGUCCGGAUCCAUGUGUAAAUGGCAUCUGCACAGACAAAGUUUUCGAUUACACGUGCGCAUGUUCUUCGGGAUACUCGGGCAAAAAUUGCAGCACAGAUGUCAACGAGUGUCUGUCCAGUCCAUGUAGAAAUGGGGGCACGUGUACAGAUAUCGUCAAUGGAUAUUUUUGUAGAUGCGCAGCUGGAUACGAGGGUGUCACGUGUCAAACGGAUGCAAACGAAUGCCUGUCGUCGCUAUGCAGGACGGGGUCGACUUGUGUUGAUCGUGUCAAUGGCUACAUUUGUCAGUGCGCCCCUGGAUACACUGGGCAGUACUGCGACCAGGAUAUAAAUGAGUGUCUGAGUCAUCAGUGCCAGAACUCCGCCACGUGCGUUGAUAAAGUGAAUACGUACACAUGCACGUGCAAAGCAGGCUACACCGGAACGCUUUGUGAAAUAGAUAUCAAUGAUUGCUCCCCAAAUCCGUGUCAGAACGGUGGGACGUGCACAGAUAAAGUCAAUGGAUAUACCUGCGCAUGUGCAGACGGAUAUACAGGAACAACGUGUAGUCCUGCUACUCUGAACAACGACUGCUCCGGGCGUCCUGGUGUUUGUUCCAACAUCCUGAAAGCAGAAUGUGACGGCUUGAAAUGUGUGUGUACUUCUGGAUAUUAUCAGAUGGGAUCCGUCACAUGUAGCAAGAAAGACUGUGGCACUUUGUCUAAGCCACUGAAUGGUUCGGUAAGCUUUGUACCUAACACUGAGUAUCUAAGCCAGGCAGAGUUCGAAUGCGAUAUUGGGUAUUCCCUAAGCGGUAACAAAACUAGGACGUGCACAGACACUGGCAGGGCCACUGGCGUAUGGGCUGGCACCAGUCCUACCUGCGUGAUUAAAGGUUGUCCAACGCUGACAGCGCCUUCUAAUGGUGCAGUUGACCUCUCUGAUGGACUGCUGUAUGAAGACAUUGCAACGUUCAGUUGCAAUACUGGAUACGCUAUGGUUGGAACCUCCACACGGCAAUACUGCGGACCGGUGGCCAACAUUACACAAGGAACGUUGACCUAUUCGCCUGCGAACAGUAAGCAAUACGGAUCAACGGUGUUCUACGAUUGUAACGACGGGUACGAAAUAAAGGAGGUGUCCUCCAGAGUUUGUGAGGCGAAUGGACUGUGGAGUGGUUGCGAUGAGCCUUCAGACAUCCCCAAUGGCUACUCGUGGCUUCCCUCUGGUAACCAAGUGGGCGACUAUGCCAUGUACGCGUGCAACAGUGGCUACGGGCUUGUUGGCGACCCGUCGGUCAUCUAUUGCGGAAAUCCACCGAGUGUUGCCAACGGUUUAGUGACCGUCCCGGACGGAACGCUGGUUGGGAAAAAUGCAACGUACUCGUGCUACAACGGUUAUGAAGUAGCGGCACCAUCUCACGGGUAUGUGAAUGCAAGCGACGGUCUGGCCGCAGGGGACAUCAUUCGGUAUUCGUGUGACGAAGGAUACGCCUUAUUGGGUGUACAAGAACGCAUUUGUGGCUGGGAUUCGAAGUGGAGUGGAAGCGUGCCGUCUUGCGUUAUAGAAUGCCCACUUCUUGACAGCAUUCCCAAUGGGUACGUGGAUAUGUCGCUAGGCAACUGGGUGGGCUCCAAGGCGACCUACAUCUGUACGAACAACCAUGCACUUGUCGGAAUAUCAACGAGAACUUGCGAGAGUACAGGCGUGAUCAAAGAGAAAGAUACUCCUUUUCGUACCGCGGUUUCAACCACUAAAAUCCUUCUCCCUGUAACAAACACCUCGAAGGCCAAAGGCAGCGACAAUGUAGCACAUGAAAGGAAUAGCGUUAUCAAGGGACGAAAGAGCAAUGAUCUAAAUCCAAACGAUUUAUCCAACCGAGUAGUUGCACCAAUGCCUUCCAAAGUCACCGAAGGAAGAGACGGUGGGUACCACACAGCAAACAGCGAUGAUAAUCACACCCACUCUUUCGAAUCAUCUGAAGACGAGUUCGGUGAUCCAAAUGGUAUCAGCCCGUCAAUCUCUGGAGAUGUAAAUCCCUCCCCCAUCGAGAAGCGCAGGAAUGUGCUUGAAGCUGCAGCGGAUACGUUCCGAGGACGAGCUGUAAUCCCACCCGUAAUGGACUCGCCGCAUACCGAGAAAGAAAGGGCGGCUUUCAAGCCUGAGACGAGGAGGCAACUUAGAGGCACCGUGGAGACUUACAACCCUCCCAAUAUGUUCCAUUACACGGUUGAUUCGAAAAAUCCCACAAAUCCCACAAACGGAGCAGUUUCGAUUGAUGGUACCCUACAAGGCUCUGUUGCUACCUACACAUGUAGUGCGGGGUUCAAACUGACUGGAGUGAGCACCCGAACGUGUAUCCUUGGAUCGGGAUGGUCAGACUUAAACCCGACUUGUGUGGCAGGCAAGGUAGGAGAUUCAUGUGCAACAGUUGCAAACCUCUGCGUGAACCUGAUUAACGCAUCAUGUACAGGAGGCACCUGCACCUGUCACCUUGGAUACACGCAGAGCAAUGACUAUGAAUGCACGGAAAUAAACGAAUGUGGUUCUGCCCCCUGCAUGAACGGAGGCUCGUGCACCAACGAGAUAGCAAAGUUUACAUGCACCUGUGCUACUGGGUACACUGGCGCAAGAUGUGAAACAAAUCCAAACAACUGCGAUCCUCAGCCAUGUCAGAACGGAGGGGCAUGCGUGGACGGACUGGCAACGUACACGUGCAACUGUGCGCCUGGUUAUACGGGAGCCACAUGCGCUUCAAACAUCAACGAGUGUACUUCCACUCCGUGUUUGAAUGGGGGUACUUGUAACGAUGCUGUCAACGGAUACACGUGUUCGUGUGCUGCUGGGUUUACCGGUAUCCUGUGUGAGACAAACAUAAAUGAAUGCAUAUCAGGCCCAUGUAAGAACGGCGCUGCAUGUAACGACGCCGUUAACAAGUACACAUGCACCUGUGCAAUCGGCUUCACUGGAACACUAUGUGACACAAACAUUGACGACUGUGCAUCUGGUCCGUGCCAAAAUGGAGGAGCCUGUGCAGACGGCAUUGCCAAAUAUUCGUGCACGUGUGCUACUGGAUAUACCGGAACACAUUGUGAAACGAAUAUCAACGAAUGUGUAUCCAGUCCGUGCAAAAAUGGCGCCACGUGCGAGGACAAAGUGGCCGGGUACACCUGUGCUUGUCCUGCGGGCUAUACAGGAACUGUGUGCGAGACAGAAAUAAAUGAAUGUUCAUCGAACCCGUGUAAAAAUGGCGCCACAUGUAACGACCUGGUGAACCUGUAUACCUGCGGUUGUGCACCAGGCUACUCGGGACCUACUUGUGCUUCAGACAUAAAUGAAUGUGCGUCCACUCCCUGUCAGAAUUUCGGCACUUGCCAUGAUCGUGUUAACGGCUUCAACUGUACAUGCGUCAGUGGAUACAACGGGCAUAUCUGUCAGAACAAUAUCGAUGAGUGUGCAGCAGCUACAUGCUUAAACGGUGGAACAUGCAACGAUGGCAUCAACAAAUUCACAUGCAGUUGCAAACCUGGAUAUACUGGAACAAUUUGUGAAACAAAUAUCAACGAGUGUGUCACCGCCAUCUGUCAGAACGGAGGAUCAUGUGUGGACCAGGUGAAUGCGUAUACAUGCAGUUGUGUGUCGGGGUACACUGGAACCCACUGCGAAACGAAUAUCAACGAAUGUGAAUCUAAUACGUGCAAACAUGGCGCAACGUGUCAGGACAAAGUGGCCGGCUACACGUGUUCUUGUGUGGCGGGCUAUACGGGCACCUUCUGUGAUACAGAUAUCAACGAAUGUACAUCGAGCCCAUGUGGAAAUGGCGCCUCGUGCAACGACCUGGUGAACCAAUAUACAUGCACCUGUGCGCCAGGCUAUUCGGGCCCUACGUGUGCUGCAGACAUUAAUGAAUGUUCGUCCAAUCCCUGCCAGAAUUUCGGCACGUGUCAAGAUCGUGUUAACGGCUUUAAUUGUACGUGCGUCAGUGGAUACAACGGGCAUAUCUGUCAGAACAAUAUAGAUGAGUGUGCAGCGGCCACUUGCUUAAACGGUGGAUCAUGCAACGACGGCAUCAACAAAUUCACGUGCAGUUGCAAGCCCGGAUAUACUGGAACGACAUGUGAAACAAAUGUCAACGAGUGUGUUGGUGCAAUCUGCCAGAACGGAGGUUCAUGUGUUGACCAGGUGAAUGCGUAUACAUGCAGUUGUGUGUCGGGGUACACUGGAACCAAUUGCGAAACGAAUAUCAAUGAUUGCAUCGGUCAGAAGUGCGAGAAUGGAGCCACGUGCUUGGACGGUAUCGCUAAAUACACGUGCGAAUGUGUACCCGGCUACAAUGGAACGUUGUGUCAAAAUAACAUUAACGAGUGUGCGAUCCACGUCUGUCAGAAUGGAGCCACGUGCGUGGAUGUCGUAAACGGGUACACGUGCACAUGCGUUAACGGUUUCACUGGAAUAUUCUGCCAAUCAAACAUCAACGAAUGCUCUCCAAAUCCAUGUCAAAACGGUGGGGCAUGCGCAGACCUUGUAUACGGGUACAAGUGUACUUGCCUUAAUGGCUACACCGGAAGCACGUGUGCAACAGAUAUCAAUGAUUGCAGCCCGGAUCCAUGCGUACGUGGAACAUGCAUCGACAAAGUGUUCGAUUACACGUGUACAUGCCCUUCAGGAUACUGGGGCAAAAACUGCAGCACUGAUAUCAACGAGUGUCAGUCAAGCCCAUGUAGAAAUGGAGGAACGUGUACAGAUAUCGUCAAUGGAUAUUUUUGCACAUGCGCGGCUGGAUAUGAGGGUGUCACGUGUCAAACAGAUUCAAACGAAUGCCUGUCGUCGUUAUGCAGGACAGGGUCGACCUGUGUUGAUCGUGUUAAUGGCUACAUUUGUCAGUGUGCCCCUGGAUACACUGCCCAGUACUGCGACCAGGAUAUAAAUGAGUGUGUGAGUCAUCAGUGCCAGAACUCUGCAACGUGCAUUGACAAAAUAAAUAGUUACACGUGCACGUGUAAAGCAGGAUACAGUGGAACACUCUGUGAAAUAGAUAUCAAUGAUUGUUCGCCGAAUCCGUGUCAGAACGGUGGAACGUGCACAGAUAAAAUCAACGGCUUUACUUGCGCAUGUGCAGACGGUUACACGGGGACCACGUGCAGUCCAGCUACUCUGAACAACGACUGCUCUACACGUCCCGGUGUUUGUUCCAACAUCCUGAAAGCAGAAUGUGACGGCUUGAAAUGUGUGUGUUCUUCUGGAUAUUAUCAGACAGGAUCCUUCACAUGUAGCAAGAAAGAUUGCGGAACAAUCGUACCGGCUAUUUACGGAACCGUCGAUCACUCCGAGGGAACUCUGUACCUUGCUAAGGCCUAUUUCUCGUGCGAGACAGGCUACACACGCAGUGGUCUGUCCUUUGUGUCCUGUCUUGCAAAUCAGACGUGGAGUGGACCAACACCAGCAUGCGUUAUCAAAGACUGUAACAUUUUGUCGUCUCCUCUGAAUGGCUCGGUCAGCUUUAUACCAAACACUCAGUACCUAGGUCAGGCAGAGUUUGAAUGCAACACUGGGUAUUCCCUCAGCGGCAACAAAACUAGGACGUGCAUGGCCAGUGGCGUGUGGGGAGGCACCAGUCCUACCUGCGUGAUUAAAGACUGUGGCGCGUUGACUGCUCCUGGCAACGGAACAGUUGAUACUCAGACCGGUACCAAAUAUCAAAGUGUCGCUCUGUUCUACUGCAACACUGGCUAUGAUCUCAUUGGAGUUUCCUCAUCCAGAUGCGCCGCGGAUGGAGUCUGGGAUUCUGUGAAACCAAGGUGUCACAUUAAAGAUUGUCUGACACUGCCCGCCCCUACAAACGGCAAUGUUAACCUGCCUCAAGGAACGACAUACGCCGCCGUUGCUACAUAUACUUGCAACACCGGGUACACACUGCAAGGGAUCGCUUUACGGAUAUGUCAGUCUACAGGGCAAUGGAGCAACUCGCCUCCAACUUGCGAAAUCAACACUUGCACAGUUCUUUCGAAUCCACCAAAUGGAAAGGUCGAUCUUUCUGGUGGCACGCAGUACCAAUCAACAGCCGCAUACGCAUGUAACUCUGGUUUCUUAUUAAAUGGAACUCCUAGCCGAACAUGCCAGGCUGAUAAAACAUGGUCAAGCAGCGAACCAGUUUGCAACAGAAUCAGUUGUCCAACGCUGACAGCGCCUACAAAUGGUGCCGCAGACCUCUCUGAUGGACUAUUGUACGAAGAUAUUGCAAUGUUCAGCUGCAAUACUGGAUACGCUAUGGUUGGAACCCCUACAAGGCAAUGUCUCGCAACUAAAUCUUGGAGCGGAGAAUCGCCCACCUGUCAAAUACGAAAUUGCGGCCCACUGAUCAAUCCCAUAAAUGGAACUGUUCUAACAGUCGACGGAACAGAAUACCAGAAAUCAGCACAGUACUCCUGUAAUCUGGGUUACAAGAUAAGUGGUGUUAGCACCAGAACAUGUUUAGCUUCGGGGACAUGGAGUGCGUCCGCGCCUACCUGCGUCAUAUUGGACUGUGGUCCGGUUGCCAAUAUUACAAACGGUGCUGCGACUUAUUCUCCUGCGAACAGCAAACAAUAUGGAUCUACGGUAUUCUACACUUGUCGGGAUGGCUAUGAAAUAAAGGGCACUUCGUCCCGGGUGUGUGACGCUAGUGGAUCAUGGAGUGGUACCCAGCCUUCAUGCGCAAUACUUAGUUGCGACGAGGCUCCAGACAUUCCCAAUGGCUACUCGUGGCUUCCCUCUGGCAGCCAGGUGGGCGACUAUGCUAUGUACGCGUGCAACAGUGGCUACGGACUUGUUGGCGACCCUUCCGUCAUCUGCGAACCAUCGGGGUUUUGGGGAUCGGCACCAGAAUGCAGGCUUGAUUGCGGCAAUCCACCGAUUGUUGAAAACGGUGUAGUGACCGUCCCGGACGGAACGCUGGUUGAGAAGAAUGCAACGUACUCGUGCAACAACGGUUACGAGGUCAUUGGUAAAGCUACAAUCGACUGCACGAACUCUGGAGUAUGGGCAGAGAGUCCGAGAUGCAAUCUCAUUCAAAUUGUCUACAAUACCCUAUGUGCGGUAACUGCGCAGUGCAAAACUAAGGGCGCAACCUGUCGAGACGACACGAAUGGUCAAGAUAGAUGUAUUUGCGCGUUAAUUGGACAAUACUAUGACUCCAGCCUAGAUAAAUGCCUAAGCAUAUGUGGACCACUAUCCAAUCCCACUAACGGAAAUGUCACGAACCCUUCAGUUCUCGCCGAAGGACACAAAGCCACCUACACGUGUGUAAAAGGCUACGCCCUAAAUGGACCUGGAACACGCACCUGCCUAUCGACGGGCCAAUGGGACUCCACAGCACCUUUGUGUAUUACAGGAUGCCCCGCCCCAUCGGUACCAUCCCACGGGUCUGUGAAUGCAAGCGACGGUCUGGCCGCAGGGGACAUCAUUCGGUAUUCGUGUGACGAAGGAUACGCCUUAUUGGGUGUACAAGAACGCAUUUGUGGCUGGGAUUCGAAGUGGAGUGGAAGCGUGCCGUCAUGCGUUAUUGAAUGCCCACUUCUUGACAACAUUCUCAAUGGGUACGUGGACAUGUCGCUAGGCAACUGGGUGGGUUCCAAGGCGACCUACAUCUGUACGAACAACCACGCACUUGUUGGAAUAUCAACGAGAACCUGCGAGAGUACAGGCGUGUGGAGUGGCGUGGUCCCUGAAUGUGUAUUUGCAAUACUUCCUGACGUGAUUUUGGUGUUUGGGACAUUGUUUAUUGUGUUGGUGCUGGUGGACAUAUUCGUCAUAAGCGUAUGUCUGUACUACAGAUACCGCAAUAGCAAGCCAAAGCCAACCCCAGUAAAACCGACGAAAGAACCGAAGAAAAAUAUGCCGCACGUGUUCGAUGAUUAUGAAGACCCGAAACUACUUACACCGGUUCCAUUUAAGAUGGGCCACUCGUUGCAACGCACUAAUGUGUCUGAACCUCCAAAUCCGGUGAACGAAAACAAAGAUACUCCUAUUCGUACCGCAGUUCCAACCAACAGAAUUCUUCUCCCUGUCACAGACGCAAAGCAAACAAAUGGAAACAAGAAUGUCGCAAAUGAAUGGAAUAGAUUGUUCAAGGGACUUAAGAACAAGAAUUUUAAUCCUAGCGAUUUAUCACGCCGUGAAGUUGCGCCAAUGCCUUCCAACGUACGCCUGCCCCCUCUGCACAAAAUGUUGACCAAGGUCGGUACAGAGUCGAAGAAAAUGCUGUUUGACGAUUCUGGACACGAACAAUCGGGCAACGAGGGAAGAGACGGCGGUUAUCAAACAGCAAAUAGCGAUGAAAACCACACACAUUCUUUUGAGUCCUCCGAUGACGAAUUCGGUGACCCUAGCUGCCCAACUCCGUCUAACCAAGGAGAUGAUGAUCCCUCUCCCACCGAGAAGCGCAGGAAUGUGUUUGAUGCUGCCGCGGAUACGUUCCGUGGACGAGCUUCCAUGCCGCACGUAAUGGACUCGCCGCAUGUCGAGAAAGAAAGGGCGGCGUUCAAGCCUGAGACGAGGAGGCAACUGAGAAGCACCGUGGAGACGUACAACCCUCCCAAUAUGUUCCAAUACAAGCGACGGGUACGCUCACGUAGCGGAUUUAUGACAUUGCCGGACUAUGAAAGUGCGUGGACAGAUAUCGCCUCCAGUAAUACCUCUGCCAGCAGCUACAAGGAGUUCGAUCAUAAACUUGGCGAGGUUCCAAUCCUUGUAGACGUACAGGUGAAGGCAAUCGAUGGGCCGAACAAGGGAUAUAUCUUCCAAGCAUCAGGACACCAGCAGCGCGAUGAUGACCAGUCGGAGGAGUAUGGCGGCGUCAUCUACAUUUACUCUGAGACAUCUGUGCGUGUCAGUGCGCCCCUACAGAGAGCGUCUCCAUACUGGGUUGGGCCUAAUACUCAAGACAGUUGGAGUGCCCAGGUACGAGUGCGAUGUUGGCGGCAGUCGUCACUCCCCAAACCAGACUUCUCGAAGACUGGGACUACCAUAAAAUCUACGACUGGAUUGGCGGCUGAUUCGUAUCAGAAGAUAAGCCAUGGUAUUAACGGUACACCUAAUCUCGUGGUCUCACGCAUACAGUUUGAUCUAGCCGGAACCACUGUAUAUGCCGACUCAGGUCAGCUGGUGUCAUACAUUUCCAACGGUUACGUUGUUUUUGGGUACGAUUCCUCAAAUAUCCAGGUUUGGGCGCCGUCAGACAUCCAUGGACAACUUGUUUUUAUGGGGGACGGCUACGGGAUUGUUGGUAAUGCAACAGUGGCUGACUUGCAGCUCUAUGCAUGGAGUAAUCAGACUCUUCCCUACACCACUAGCGGUACUUUGGAACUAAGUUCCACCCAGAACGGAAGUGAAAAAAUACUCGACUUUAAACCGGCCGGGAACGAAAACCAGGUCUUCACUCGCUCUUGGAUUCAAUCAUCGAUUAGCCCCAGCAGCGGCUAUAGGUUCCCCGGUACGGGGGCAUUGUCCUACGAGACAACUGCCUACGACAAGCCGUGCACAUAUGGCGGUAUGGUGUACGCCUACACCACUCAGGCGGCUCGCUUCUGGCAGCCGGGCAACGCUAAUGGCGCCAUGGUCUGCAUUGCCAGCUGUCUGGGAACUGCAAUCAACAAUCAGGCGUUAAACGAGGGCAUCGCAGUACUGCAUUCAUGGGAACUGGAUGUUAACGAUUGCCUAACUAAUCCUUGUAAGAACGGAGCCACGUGCGAGAACUAUUUCCAAAGUUACGCCUGCAGAUGCGCCCCUGGAUACGCUGGCACGCUCUGCGAAAACGACAUAGAUGAAUGCGAAAAUCACGAGUGUCAGAAUGGAGCCACGUGCGUGGAUAUUGUGGACGGUUUCACGUGCACAUGCGCCGGUGGAUAUGCAGGGGAUUUAUGCGAAACAGACAUAGAUGAAUGCGAAAAACACAUGUGCCAGAAUGGAGCCACGUGCGUGGAUAUUGUGGACGGUUUCACGUGCACAUGCGCCGGUGGAUAUGCAGGGGAUUUUUGCGAAACAGACAUAGAUGAAUGCGAAAAUCACGUGUGCCAGAAUGGAGCCACGUGCGUGGAUAUUGUGGACGGUUUCACGUGCACAUGCGCCGGUGGAUAUGCAGGGGAUUUUUGCGAAACAGACAUAGAUGAAUGCGAAAAUCACGUGUGUCAGAAUGGAGCCACGUGCGUGGAUAUUGUGGACGGUUUCACGUGCACAUGCGCCGGUGGAUAUGCAGGGGAUUUAUGCGAAACAGACAUAGAUGAAUGCGAAAAACACGUGUGCCAGAAUGGAGCCACGUGCGUGGAUAUUGUUGACGGUUUCACGUGCACAUGCGCCGGUGGAUAUGCAGGGGAUUUUUGCGAAACAGAUGUCGAUGAAUGUUCUUCGAACCCGUGCCUUAAUAAAGGAACUUGUGUGGACGAAACUAAUCGGUUUAAAUGUGUAUGCGCAGAUGGCUUCACAAGACCGACGUGUACACCACAAGUUUUGGGCUGUCCUGAACCGGAUGCGCCGACAUACGGAUUCGUUAAUACGUCAGCAGGGCUAGAGGUCGGCAACAUCAUAAACUACACGUGUGUGGAGGGAUAUGGGCUGCUCGGGAUGUCACAGAGAACCUGCCUAGCGAAUCUCACUUGGAGCGGCGCUAUACCUUAUUGCUUGAUAGAAUGUCCACAACUGCACAUUCCAAAUGGUGCGGCAGACACGUCCGCAGGUCGGCACGCGGGUUCCACAGCAGUGUUUAUGUGUACAGUUGGUUACACAUUGAGUGUUAAUUCCAAGCUUGUUUGUGAGUUGACAGGUUUCUGGAAAGGAGUAAAACCCACAUGCAAUCCCGUCUGGAUGUGGGCUGUAGUGAUUACUAUACUAGUCCUUAUGUUAUUUGUGUCAGUUGUUACCAUAAUCUGCCUUGCAAAUACUCACUGUACAUACCAGCUCAGGCCAAGAUUUGAAGCUGAGCAAUUAAGAGACAAACGUCGUCGAAAACACAUAAAAUACAUUGUCAUUCUGAAUAACGAUGGUGAAGAGGCGCGUGAUGGCCCACCGAAACCCAGAUUUCAAUUACGAACAAUUGAACCUCAUUGAACAAAUCUUCAUUAUAAAUAUUACCAAUUAACUGUUUGUACGUGAGCUCAGACUUUUGAGAUGAACAGACCAGUAACCUCUACAUCCCGCCAUUUUAGUCAUAUUGCCAAUCGACACUUAAGUUUGCGUGAUAUAUUUCCAUAUUCCAAGCAGCUCGCCAUACGGUGUGUUGUUAAAAUAGACUGUAUAUGAUAAUCGUGUCGUAAAACAAGUUCAAUGGCUUUAGCUGCAUGACGACGAUCUUCACUUACGUUUUGUAUGUCGCAGACAGCAUUAUAACGUUGUUUCUAUAUUCGAGGUAUAUUGAUAUAAACAUAAAAUUGUUCACAGUUCGAAAAAAAUAGUCUUUGAAAAAAAUACAGAUUUGAAAAAGUAGGAAUAUAUUAUAUUGAGUAAAGCACGCGCUCGUGACGAAAAUUUCUCAUACAAUUUUUUGCUAAUAUCCUCCAAAAGUGUUUCAUCUGCAAAGUACGUAAUAUGGAUUGCUACUUGUGCUUUACAAAUAAACUUAAUAAUAAAGUUAAAAGUUAUAUAUACAGUAGUUUUGGGGCAUUAUAUACCUCAGGAAUAUAUUUAAUUAAAAAAAUCGACAUUUUCUGCGUUCAUAAAUGAGAAAUAUGUGUCUGAAAUUUAUUGAACGAACGAAAUUCGGAAGAAAAUAUCCUUAAAAGGCCGUGAAUAUCCGUGUCGUGAAAGCACUUUUUGUGCUUUCUGUUUGCUGGUAUAUAAAGGGAAGCUUGUGCAUGUGUUAGUGACAUUUCCCGCUGAUUACGCGCUGUACGAAUAAACAAAGAGGACAUAAAAGAGAUUUACAAUUGUUAAUCGGAUUACAGCAAUAUUGUGCAAUUCAACAGUGCUGCUCGCGUUGCUGUGGCGUUCAGUAUUAAUAGUUCUCAAGGUUUAAGCGCAUUGGUCAUGUUAUUGAAUGUUAUAGGGCUUCAUUAGAGAAUUGCUGAAGGAGCGGAAGGCUUCGAUACAGGUUAGCAUCAGAUGGACCUCAUUAGGCUCAGGUUUGGUGAGAGCAACCUCAGGUAGGUUGUUUACAGGAAGACGCGCUCAGUCAAGUUAACCGUUUACAGGAAUUGGAACAAUCACAUAUUUAAAUUGUUCCUUCGGUUCGCACAUCACUUAUUGAUUGCUUACGAAUAUGCAGUCAUCACGCCAGACCUGAAAUAUCGGGUUGCAAUGUUCGCACACUGACCGAAUGAUUUACAACCCAACCUUUACAAUGAGCACCGCAUAGAAGGCCUGGAGGUGAAUUCUAUGACUUGAGAUGUGACGUCACUGUGGCGUCACUGCCGUUGUCGAUCUCUCUGUGGAUUCGUAACCAAACUUCACAAAUGUGCUUACGAUUUAUAUAAUGCGUUUAUUAAGAUGUCAAGAUCAUCUCAACUUUCACGAUUGAUUUUUAAAUUUGAUUUUCAAUCACACCAAGUUUAUAUUAUGUUAUUAAACAUAUGAUAAAUUUCAA